AUGGAUAUAAUGAAAUUUCCACUUGAUUUAGAUAAUCUUAAUUUAGGUAAUUCUGAUAAACAAGCUUCAUCUUCACCAGUAGUUUCAGCAACAGCAUCACAACAUCUUCAGAAUCCAACAUCAUUGUCUCUGUCAUCUUCAUCACCUUCAAACAGUGAUCAACAAUAUAGCAGUAAUAAUGAUAGCAGUUUAACAGAUAGCUCGGCAGUAACUUCGUCAUCCUUCCAUUUUAUACAACCAUCAUUCCAGAAGAACAAUACACAUGAUCUUACAUUUCUCUUACCACCACCAUCACCAUCUACUUCUUCAUCAUCAUCAUCAUCAAACGACAAUGUAAUAGUAUUAAAUUAUCAUAAUAAGAAUAGCAGUAAUAAUAUUGAAAAUGAUAAUGGUGAAGCAGAAUUGAACAAUGAAGUUUUAGAAGGUUUUUUAUUUGAUGAGAAUUUAUCUAUUUGUAGCGAAUUAAAUAAUCUUUAUAUAGACCAAGCAGUUUGUAACUCAACAUACUUUUUACAGCUGAAUAGAGUCAGUAAAUUAUCAAAAGAUUUACUUAUCCGUAUUUUAAAGAGCAACGAUGUAUAUUUGAAAGAGAUUGAUAUAUUCAAGUCGGCAAUAGAGUGGAUUCGUUACAAUAUCAAAGAUGCUUUUAUUGGAAGAAUUGGUGAUGGUAGUGGUGAAACUUCAUCAGAGAAUGGUAUAUGCAACGACGACAACAAUAAUAACAGUAAUAAUAACAACAAUAAUAACAAUGAAUUUGACUUUGACUACGACAACAGUAACAACAUUAACAAUAGCAAAGUUAAUAGAGAAUUGGCAGAGAUUUUCAAUUUGAUUCGAUUCCCAACGAUGGAUUACGAGGAUUUAAUUACUCUUGUAGAGCCAAUGCAAAUUGUACCGGAUCGAUUGUUGCUGGAAGCCUUUCGAUUCCUUUCCAGACCAGAGUUGUAUCCAAAGGAUAUAAAUUCAUUGAGAAACCAUCGAUUGCAAGCUCGUAACAAGCAGAAUCCACCGCCUACUCCCGGUGUCGAUGUCUACAAUUUCCUUUGUCCGGACCACCAGUGUUGCUCAUCGGUUUCGUGGACGAUCAACAACUUUAGCUCGAUCAAGACACAGAAGCACGUUUCCAAUACUUUUGAAAUCAUCGGACUCAAAUGGAAGAUGUGGGCCUAUCCAGCGGGUGAAGCGAAACACUCGGAUUCGUUCUCGGUCUACCUGGAGGCGGUCAGAGUCAAGGAGAAGGAAUCCUACGAUUUCCUUAGAAAUACAACCUUCUUUUUCGCGCUGGUCAAUCACAAGAACAAGACACUCUCCAAACACUACCCUUCGUCACCCAACGUUUUGUUCAACUAUGAAAAGAGUGUAUGGGGCAAUGGUUUGAUAGAAUUGAAGCUACUCUAUGACCCAACUCUCGGUUAUUUGGAUAAUGAUACCGUUUGUAUUCAACUCCAUAUUUUAGAAUGCAUUGCAAUAGAAGGAUAA